AUGAAAACCUUUUUCAUCUUAUCUCUCUGCGUUGCGGCGUCUCUAUCCGCUUCGAUCCAAGAAGAUAAUAAGUCCGCGACUGCUGCCCUAAGAGAGCUGCCGGCCCUUGAACACGAGGAAGUUCACGAUGAGUUCGGACAGUAUGCGCUACGCUAUGUGACAGCAGAGGGCACAGUUGUAUCGGAGCGGGGCCGCCUCGUCCCUUCCAAAGAUGGCACUGGCUCUGUUCUCAUAACUGAUGGAGAGGUUUCUUAUGUAGGGGAUGACGGCAAGACGUAUGUUACCAAGUACACCGCUGGUCUGGAUGGUUAUAAAGCAGAGGGAUCACAUUUACCACAAUCGCCUGAACCGGAACCUGUCCCAUCUCAGUCUGUCUUAAUUUCAAGCAAUCAGGCACAGUGA